AUGGCAGCCGCGGAUUUAUUACUGGGGCCUCCACCCAGCUUGGCGGACUUUCGACUUGGAGCCGGGAGGAGAGGGACAGAACAGGCAGUUGUGGGAGCCGGGAGCCCACAGGCGACAGCCUGAGGCCCCGCGAUGGCCAAGUUUCUUUCCCAGGACCAAAUUAAUGAGUACAAGGAAUGCUUCUCCCUGUAUGACAAGCAGCAGCGGGGGAAGAUAAAAGCCACUGACCUCAUGGUGGUGAUGAGGUGCCUGGGGGCCAGCCCGACACCUGGAGAGGUGCAGCGGCACCUGCAGACUCACGGGAUCGACAGAAACGGAGAGCUGGAUUUCUCCACGUUCCUGACCAUUAUGCACACGCAAAUAAAACAAGAGGACCCAAAGAAAGAAAUCCUCUUGGCCAUGUUGAUGGCAGACAAAGAGAAGAAAGGCUACAUCAUGGCGUCCGAGCUGCGGUCAAAACUCAUGACACUGGGGGAGAAGCUCACCCACAAGGAAGUGGACGAUCUUUUCAGGGAAGCAGAGAUUGAACCAAAUGGCAAAGUGAAGUAUGAUGAAUUUAUCGACAAGAUCACCAUCCCUGUGCAGGACUACUGA